UAAUAACUCAUUUGGGAUUGAUCAAAGUCAAUUGGACGAAUCUAAGGGAGAAUAGUCACUGGACAACUUGACUACAAGAAUACCGACAUGGAUACCGUGGAUACUGCAGGAGUUUCUGCAGAAAUGGAAAUAGAAACAUCACCAGCCUUUUCUGUCUUUUAUGAAACGACAUCAGAUGCAAACUCAACCGACGGAGUGGUACAAGCAGUGUGGUCAUGGGAACCCAUAACUUGGAAGUGGUGGGAAAUCCUUCAGUUGAUCCUUGCCAUCGCGGGCAUCGUCGGUAACUUCUUGGUGAUGUUGGUUCUCUUCCGGGUCAAGCGGAAGCUCUGUUCUACCGAUACCCUGAUCGCUGGCUUGGCUGUGGCUGACUUCUUGACCUCGGUGUUCAUCAUCCCUCACGCUCGCGUUGAUACGGUUCCUCAAAGCAUAGCUGCACAGCUGUACUGUCGGAUCAUCCAAUCCAAUUCCUUGAUGUGGACAUCCAUCUGUGCUUCCAUCUUCACCUUAACAACCAUCUCAAUCGAAAGGCUGAUGGCUGUGAUGUACCCGUUCACAUUUCAACGUUUCUUUACACCUAGAACAACCGCUCUCCUCAUCUGCAGUAUCUGGCUGAUCGCCUUCCUCAUCAACACCGUCAGUUUCUACGUACAUUACGUUGUCGAUGGAAAGUGUGCCUUCGGAUUCUCGACGCCAUCUUUCCAAAAGUUCAUAGGAGUCUUCUACUUCAUCGCCGAGUACUUGGUGCCCGUCGUCAUCAUGAUCCUCGCCCACGUCCUUACGAUCAGAACCCUUCGUGAGCGCGCCCAGAUUAGGCUACACUCUUCAGAACAUCAAAGCCAACGUCCCAACAAUCGACUCCUGCAGGCACGACGUCGCGUCAUUGAAAUGCUCUUUAUCGUUGUCGUCAUUUUCAUCAUCUGCUGGACACCCGAUCAAUUUGGAUUCCUCGCUUUCACCGUCGGUAUUAUCGAUUUCUCGCACUUCAACAGCCCCAUCUACCGUUCCUUUGUAGUCCUUGCUUUCGUCAACUCCUGCGCAAACCCUGUAAUCUAUGCAGCCAGGAACCCAAACUUUAGAAAGGCGCUCAAAGAGCUUUGUGGUACCGUGCCGUCUCUCAGACUCCAGUCUGUUUUUGCAGCCAUUGAUGAGACUAGCAAUAUCUCUACUGAUACAAGUGCUACUAAACUAUCUUCUAUUGACAAAGUAAUAGUGUAAUUUUUAUUCAUCUACCAUAAAAAUGUAUAUACAUUUUCUCGGACUUUGUUUAUCUAGUCGAGCAACGUCGGUAUUGCAAUGAGAGAGUCAAUGAUGUCGCAAUGUCGCAUAUUAACUAUUCUUUAUUUAUUUAGAUGUGGAUAAAAUCUGUAUUUAAUCCAAACAUACUGUCAGCAAUAUAGAUUUUUAUAGGUUUCUCACAGGAAGUGUCAAGCCGAGCUUUAUUUUCCGUGGGCCAAAUUUAAAUAUUUGGAAAUUUAUAGAAAAAUGAAUGAAUGGUGAGUGUGUCACAUUAUCGCCCCAUGCAAUAUAUCUACUGUAUUUGUAACAAUUUACAACCUCUUCCGAAAGGAUGAUAAAUGAUGCCCGUAUUAUGUUUUUUACUGUUUUCAUUCUUCUUUAGUAUCUUUAGGGGGGCUAGUCAUGGGAUUCUGAAUUUCUACGUCCCUUAAUAAAUAUUUAUUUUACUGGCCGAUGUCUCACCAUGUGUAUAUACUGAUUUUAGCGAUUGCAACGGGGAUGGGUUCUGGAACAGAGUAAAUGCAUUGAACAUGCCUGUCAAUUUACAAUGUACAUCUGAGGUGUCUUUGCCGAAAAUUUGUGAACCGGGACAGCAGAUUGUCUUAAGAUUUGGAGCUGACGAAUUAUUGCAAAUUAAUACAGGCGCGGAUCCAGGGGGGGGGGGGCACAGGGGGCACGUGCCCCCUUCCUUUGAGAAGCAAAAUUAAAAUUUGUAAUGUAAAAAUGCCAUUAAAACAGAGGUAUGGCCCCUCUUUUGAAAUUGAAGACCUUUUUUUUGCUUGUCAAAUUUUUUCGGGUACGAAAUAUCCUUAAUUUGUGGUUGAAAACCUUUUUUUUUUGCUUGUCAAUUUUUUUAGGGUAAGAAAUAUCCUUUUGGAAAAUCCUGGAUCCGCCCCUGAAUGAAUGUGUCUCAUGUCCAGAGUCCAGGACGACACUGCUUUUUUGGUUCACCGAUUUUCAACAAAAGCUGCUUAGUCAUCAAGGGCUUUGACAAUAGAUUCUCAGCGUUCUGGAAAGCGUCUGCGUAGUGUUGUGAAAACUCUCUUAAAUGUGAAUGUCGUCAUAAUGGCAUUGCAUCGCUCACUUACCUUUUCUUUGUCGGGAAUGCUUUAAUUGACCUAUACUGACGAAUUCAAACGUUUGCAUGUUCCAUUACAAAGGAUGUUCUUGACAACCUGAAAGCUUAGACCUAACAAAUAUAGCAACCAGAAAUGUACAUUGUAUAGAAACAGAAACUGGUUUCAAAGUAUUGUAUGUUAUUUCCCAGUAACAGAUACAUAACAGAACAGAAUAAAUACUGUACCUCUGACUAGAACCACACUCGCACAAAAAACCAUCAUUUAAACAGGUCCCAAAUACUGGAAUGGUAUUCACCAAAGCCUUAAACAAUAUAGAAAUAUAAACACCUUCAAAAAACACCUAAAACUCUCAUUCCUUAAUGAGUACAAUGUAUGAAACACAUUAACUGCUUUAUCUUUUCCACGAUACUUGCCUCUCGACCCUAUUUCUCUUUCUCCUCCCCUUUCCUUUUCUGCUGGGCACAUAAUCGUUUCUUUUUGUUUUGUUUUUUCCCCCAGUUAUUUAAUAUGCCCUUAUCCCUCUAACCUAUGUAGUUACUGCCCCCCCCCUUUCUUUCCUUGUUAUUCAAACCUAUUUUGCCGUUCUUCAUAUAUGGUCUAGAUUGUCUUACUUUACUUUUAAUUACAUACGAUUAAGAUUACUACAAAUUUAUCCUAAGGGGCUUACAAUUACAAGCUUCGCUUUUUAAUAAGUCCCUCAUUUUCAUUUUCACAUGCUAACUGUAAUCUAUAAUUUGUCUAAUCAUCAAAAUGUAUCUUGAACAAAAAUUGUAUACAUUUCAUCUAUUUCCUACGAAUUUGUUAAUUGAUUAUUGAAGUAUACUUAUAACACUUAUUUUGUUUUGUACAUUUAUACAUAUGUAUAUAUAUGUUUGUUAUGUUUAUUAUCAGAAAAUGGAAAUGAAAUAAACUAAACUGAAACUGAAACUGAAACUGUGACUUUCAACGAAUUUCAAUUUGGUGUUUUUAUUGCGAUUUAUAAUUGUUGAUCAGUUUUAAGUGUGCUUAACAAAAUACAAUACCUUUACCCAUUGCAUAGCCCAUCGAAGUGUUUUAUCUUCUUUGAAGCACCCCGACCCACUGGCGGCGGAAGGCACAAAAUUUAGGGGGGGACCACCAAAAAAAAUUUACAAGCAAAAAAAAAAAGGUUAUCAACCAAAAUUUUAGGGGGGACCAC